UUCGGAGUCGUUAUCUAUGUUAUCAUGAUAAACUAGUUGGGCAUACUGUUGUUGUAUGUCACUUUGGAUUGAUCUUCAGAGUGGUCCUGAGCUUUACUAGAUAAGACAUAGCAUAUUGCUCUAGAGUCAUCUGUUACCACAGUUAGCCGCUUGAGUGGAAACAGUAGAGUGCCGCCAGGGUUCGGACAUCAUUUUCCAACUUUUAAACCGCCUUCGCCGUCUAAAUAUAUCAAAAUGCAUCUCAAGGACGAACCGACCAUUCGGGUUGACGAUUUACCCCCAGCAACCACGGUUGUCGCCAAGGAAGCAGUGGAAACGACCGAGACCGAGCGUCCGCUUUCCGAGAUCAUUCGCGCCGACAGACCAGCGCUCUAUUUCGCUUACGGGUCAAAUCUCUCCUUUACACAGAUGCGAUACCGAUGUACCAAUGACCCGGAUUUAUCGGCUCACCCCGUCGCGAUCGCCCGGUUAGACGGGUGGCGGUGGCUGAUUUGCGAAGCAGGGUAUGCGAACGUGAUCCCACCACGCGAGCUGCGGGUUGGAGAGCAGGUCACACACGGAGAUCUCGUUCCUAUAUCGAGGGGGGGAGAAGGAGGUAAAGAGGAAGAAGAUCAAGGGGCGAUCUACGGCGUGCUGUACGAGAUGAGUGACGCAGACGAGUUUCUCCUCGACGGAUACGAGGGAGUCGACCAUGCAGCGCCGGAUGCACGCCCGCUCAUAGACCGGAAGGUCAGGCCUAAAGAGCAAGGAAUGGGCGAUUACAACAAGUGGUACGUGCGUGCGACGGUGAUCAAUUGGCUAGACGAGGAGCAGCGGAAGUCAAGGCUGGCGGAUGGCGACCAGCAGCCUGUUCUGAUCUACGUGGACGAGGACCGCGUGCGGCUGGGCCCGCCAAGAGAAGAGUACAUCGGACGGAUGAAUCGUGCGAUUGCUGAAGCUGAGCAGAUCGGGUUUCCGGCUGAUUGGGCGGAGGCCGUGAUGAGGAAAUCCAUCCCAAAGCAAUAGCGGGCGCUUUUCCCCUUCUAUGAACUAUAUAUAGGGACAUGACAAAGAUGAUCAUUGCUUUGUGCAUAACUCUUUAGAAUUCUAUAGAUACCCAUUGAAUAGAAAAGAGCGUUGAGGUGCAAAA